UCCCUCUCUCUUCCAUGACACACGGCCACCGCCCUGCCCGAUCCACCAGCGGCAGCGGCGGCGGCGGAAGAUGAGGGCUCCACCCCCACCGCUCCCGCGCUGCGCCUCGCCUCCCGGCCUGCUCCUUCUCCCCGUCCCCCCCGCCCGCCGCGUGCCUCCGAGCGCCGCCGCCGUCUCUCGCUCCGUCUCCAUCUCGACCUCCACCACCGCCGUCGAGGCGCCGCCCACGGCCGCCGCCGAGCCGGCGUUUGGGGACGCCUCCGCGGGGCCGCCGCGGCGCCGGGUCAUCCUCCUCCGCCACGGGGAGAGCGCGGCCGGGGGCCGCUUAACCAGAGAUCAUGACAGACCUCUAAGCAAAGCUGGCAGAUCCGCUGCAAUCAGUGUUUCUAAUAAACUACAGCAAAUGGGAUGGAUACCUGAGCUUGUCCUGUGCAGUGAUGCGACUCGCACAAAGGAAACUCUUAAGAUCUUGCAAGAGCAUGUUAAGGGAUUGUCUGAAGCAAUCGUGCAUUUUAUCCCAAGUUUUUAUUCAAUUGCAGCAAUGGAUGGUCAAACUGCUGAACAUUUGCAAAAGGCAAUUUGUGAAUAUUCAAGUGAUGAGAUCCUAACUGUAAUGUGCAUGGGACAUAAUAAGGGAUGGGAAGAAGCAGCCUCUAUGUUCUCUGGCGAUUCAGUAGUGCUUAAGACAUGUAAUGCGGCAUUGCUUGAGGCUGAAGGGAAAUCAUGGGUUGAGGCUUUUUCGCUGGCUGGGCUUGGGGGAUGGAAGCUUCAUGGCAUUGUAAAGCCAUAAAUCAUUGUAACUACACAUAGAUGCCAGUUUUUAGCUGCUUUCUUAAUCCUUGUUUAGUCAUUUUGCCUCAUAUCUAACACUCGUUACAUCGUAUGGAAGGAAUUAACAUGGAUAGAUAGAUGAGAUCAAUGAAGAGUUGAAACCUCUAGACCCAGUGAGCGCACGGCUGGUUUGAUUCUUAAUUCCAAUAUAGAUAGACUAAAUUGUUUUCAGUUUUGGUGGUCGGUGAUGAGUACAUGGUUACUGGUAAAAUUUAUGGUAUGAUAUAAUUUUUUAUAUUGUUUUUGUUACCCAAAGUAUGGUAUGGUAGAGAAUCAAACCAGCUCGGAGUAACAUCUUAUGAUAGUAACAAAUUUGAGCAUUUUCUAUAGGUCCAAUGAAAUGAUUAGUAACGGUAGUAACGAUCUCCAGUGGGUAUAGCUCCUAGUAAGCUGAUGAAAUAUGUGCUACUGUUGAGGUGUUUGAGCUACAAAUUAGAUGCUAAUUUGACAAUGUAGAAUAAUCCAGCUGUGGCUGUGAAGUUGUGGCAAGUUGAAAAUUAACACCAAUUAAUCCAACGGCUGGACGUCUAUUGAAUUAUUGAUUCAUGCCACUUUGACAUUUCAUCCCUGGCCGGC